AUGAACUUCUUCUGCCUUGUCAGCUUCCUAACUUCCCUGGGCUUACUCUCCUUCCUCCGCCACCUCAUAAUCCCUCUCUUCACUUACCUCUUCGCCACCACAUUUCUAGCCACCAAACCGGCGGACCUCAAAACCAGGUACGGCCCAUGGGCCCUCGUCACCGGGCCGACGGAUGGCAUCGGCCUGGCCUUCGCCGUCCAGCUGGCCCGACUGGGCUUGAACCUCGUCCUCGUCGGGAGGAACCCAACCAAGUUGAAGAGGGCCUCGGCCCGAAUUUUGUCCGAGGUGGCUUCCGGCGACGUUGAGAUCAAGACGUUGGUGGUGGAUUUCGCGACCGAUGAACAGCAGGACGUGGAGAGAGUGGUGAAGGAUGGAGUUCGGGGGCUGGAGAUCGGCGUGUUGGUGAACAACGUCGGGAUCACGUACCCUGGAGCCAGGUACUUCCAUGAGGUGGAGGAGAAGGUGUGGAUGGAGAUCGUGAGGGUGAACUUGGAGGGGAUGACGAUGGUGACGAGGGCGGUGUUGGGCGGAAUGGUUGAGAGACGGAAGGGAGCCGUCGUCAAUGUCGGCUCCGGCGCCGGCACGGUGCUGCCUUCCCAUCCUCUCUACGCCGUUUAUGCCGCCACUAAAGCCUACGUGGAUCAGCUGUCGAGAUCCUUGCACGUAGAGUACAAACAAAUGGGGAUCGACGUUCAGUGUCAGGUGCCGCUCUAUGUCGCCACGGAAAUGACGCGAAAAGUGGCCAUGAUCCAGAAACCGUCGCUAUUCGUACCGUCGCCAAAUGCCUACGCGGCGGCGGCGGUUCGUCGGAUCGGUCGGCAGCCUCGGUGCUCGCCGUACUGGGCUCACUCCGUCCAGUGCUACUUGGCCCGUCUCGUCCCGGAAUGUCUCCUCGAUGCCUGGCGCCUCUCCAUCGGAAUCUGUCGAAGGGAACUUGAUAUCGUCGCUCGGAGACUUGAUGUCAGUUGA